AUGAAGUUACUCAUCUUCCUCACAAUAAUCCUGGGCACACUUGUCACAGGAUUAGAUUCUGUCUAUAGCAAGUGGUACUACAAGCUGCAAUAUAAACCCAGAUCAGACCACAAGGAAUGCCAUUGUUUGAAUGGAGGAACCUGCAUUCACUAUUACAUCUAUAGUGGACGUAGUUACUGCAUAUGCCCAGAAGGGUACGCCGGGACUCACUGUGACAUAGACCUUGACAGUGUAUGCUAUACUGAGAAUGGGGAGGACUAUAGAGGAAUGGCAACAGAAGACGAAUGCCUGCCGUGGGACCUUCCCUCUGUGGUCAGGAGGGCUCGUUACCAUGCUCACAGGAGGGAUGCUUUGCAGCUCGGACUGGGCAAACACAGCUACUGCAGAAACCCAAAUGGAAGUAACAGGCCCUGGUGUUACACAAAAAAGGGAUCUACCAUUCGAGAAACGCCCUGCAACAUAGAAAAGUGUGGGCCUGCGUGUGGACAAAGGAGCAUCAGCAAGUACUUCAAGAUUGUUGGUGGAAGCCAGGCAGAGGUUGAGUCUCAGCCAUGGGUAGCUGGCAUCUUCCAAAACGUAAGGGGCGUUGACCAUUUUCUGUGCGGUGGCAGCCUCAUUGACCCUUGCUGGGUGCUUACAGCAGCGCACUGUUUUCAUAGCCCGUCAAAAAGAACACCACCCAAAUCUGUCUACAAAGUCUUCCUUGGAAAAUCCAUACUGAAUGUUACUGAUGAUAAGGAACAAGUCUUCAUGGUUGAUGACAUCAUCUCUCACCCUCACUUUACAGAUGACACAGGUGGCAAUGACAAUGAUAUUGCUUUGAUAAGGAUAAGAACAACUUCUGGACAGUGUGCAGUAGAAUCCAAAUAUGUCAGAACAGUCUGCUUGCCAGCGAAGAACCUUGACUUGCAAGAUAAUACUCGGUGUGAAAUAGCUGGCUAUGGAAAACAAGAUUUUUAUGACAUCUACUAUGCUCAAAGACUGAUGUCAGCCACUGUAAACUUGAUAUCACAGACAAAAUGCAAACAUGAAUACUAUGACAGUAUCAGAGUUACUGACAACAUGGUCUGUGCUGGAGAUCCCACAUGGAUGACUGAUGCAUGCAAGGGGGAUUCCGGUGGCCCCAUGGUCUGCGAGCACAAUGGCAGAAUGACGCUGUAUGGAAUUGUCAGCUGGGGAGAUGGCUGUGCAGAGGAAAACAAGCCUGGUGUUUACACCAGAGUUACUCGAUACCUUGACUGGAUUGACUCCAGUAUGAAUGCGAUAACUGCCAAGAGUCAUUUUCGUCCUGAACCAAAGUGA